AUGACUGGCACUCCGAAGGGUGGUGGUAGGGGUGCGGGUCUGGUGGCGCGGUGGGGGAACAAAGGAGGAGGUGGGGGAAGAAGGGAGAGGCAGGGCACAGUCGAUCAGACAAGGAGAAGCCCGAUCUGGCGGGGCACAGUUGUGGGGAAGGAAAAGGAGAGGCCAGAAAGAAGAGGGGAGGCUGGGUGGUGGGAUGCCGGCUCUGGGAUGCGGCUGACAGCACUGGGAAAGAAAGGGAUGGGGGCUCAGGAUACUUCGAUCCGAUGCGGGGAUGCCAGAUCUGAGAAGCAGAUUGUGAUCAAGGUGCAGAUGAACUGCGGCAAGUGCCGGAGCAAGGCUAUGAAGUUGGCUGCAUCAGCAGAUGGCGUUGAUUCUAUUAAGAUAGAUGGGGAGGACAAGAACCAGUUGGUGGUCAUCGGAGAAGGCGUCGAUCCUGUUAUCUUGACAGGCAUUUUGAGGAAGAAGAUGGGCCAUUCUGAGAUUGUUAAAGUGGAGGAAAUGAAGAAGGGUGAUGGAGAAACGAAAUCAGAGAAACCGAAGGUUGAGCCUAACAUUGCAUGGUAUGGUUACCCCACAACUCAACCCAUGGUAGUGUACGAUGUGCCAUAUGAUUCAAUUCCCAGUGGCUGUUUCAUCUUGUAA